AUGCUGAAAAGCCGAAAGCACCAAAUAGUGCGUUUUACUUCACUUUACUUCACUUUAGAUAUAACAGAAAGACAGAUAAGAACUACAAAAGAAAAAAACAAUGAAAACGGAUUCAUAGCUGAAGAUCGCAGAGGAAAACACACUAAUAGAAAGAUAAUUGACGAUACCAUUAUAAAAGACAUUGAAAACCAUAUAAAUUCAAUCCCAAGGGUAGAAUCACACUACUUAAGGGCUUCCACAUCUAUAGAGUUCAUUGAAGGAGGCAGGACCGUAAAAGAUCUUUGGAGAGACUUCUCAGAAGCAAGAGAUCCAAAUAAACCCAAAGUAGACUACUGGCUUUACUUUGGGAUUCUUUCAGCCUAA